UGCACGCUCGCAACCUCUCUCCCUCACUCCCUCCAUCAUCAUCGUCCUUCGCCCUGCUUCUCCCGCAGAACUGCUCUCCCAGCUCGGUGAGCCGAAGCGGAAGCGGGAGCCAUUGCGACCGAGCUCGCUCGGAGGCGGAAGGGACGAGUCGCCGCCGGAGCCGACACUCCCUCGCUGGUUGCCGACGCCGGUGGCCGGUGGCCGGUGGCGAUGCCGGUGGUGACGCCGAGAUGAUGGAGAGUCCGAUCGGUUCGGCUUGAGAAUUGUGCAUAUUCCGAGGGAACUAUGGAGCUGAAGAGGAAAACUCCGCUUCAGCUUCAAUCGCUGGAGAAAUUCUACUCAGAGGACGAGUACCCGACGCAAAAGGCUAUGAAAGGUUAUGCUGCAUCAUUAGGAUUGACAUUCAAGCAAGUGCAGGGAUGGUUCAUGGAGAAGAGGAAGCGACGCAAGAGGAACGGCGAAGUACCCUUCAGUAUUUCUGCUCAAGAUAGUGCACAGUCAGCUGAGUCGUUGCCUUCGACUUGUGGACAUCUAGCCUCUACUAAUGCUAAGAGAAGGGAAAAGCCCAUUUGUCUGCAGGAUAUGUUGUUCAGUCCUGAUUACAUUCUGAAGAAAGUGUUCCGCAAGGAUGGUCCGGUUCUCGGUGUAGAAUUCGAUUCUCUUCCUACAGGGGCGUUUUUGCACGGCUCCCAAAAUAAACUUUCUUGUGAACAGAUUCACAGAGAACCAAACCAGAAAAAGGUAUCUAAUGGAGAAAUCAUAGAUGGCCAGGAUGGCUUUAAUAGUGGUCCAGUGAAAAGACAUGGCAUUGGCAAGGGCUUGAUGACAACUUGGCGAGCAACCAAUCCUGACGGUGGACAUUUCCCUACUGGUGUGGAUAUUGAUAGAGGAGCUGGUGCUAUAUCACACUUGUCAACUUCUAAAUUAAAAAAGAAGACAUGUCAAAGCAAAAUCAAGCGUCAACAAACGCUUGCAAUGAUACAGAGGAAGUUAAAGGAGAAGUCAUCAAUAAAAAAGAAGCCUUUGAUGAGGAAGAAAGAGAAACUGUUAAAUCAGAAUUCAAUCCCGAAGGGAACCCGCAAGGAAAAAUGCGACCUUGCUUUGGAAGGGGGAAUUACCCAAGAACUCCUUGAUAAAUUUACAAUGCUAGUGGAUGAUGAAGAAAUGGAGAUGAGAGAGUUACAAGCAGGGCCGAAACCUCUCUGCUGUUCAGAUCAUUUUGCUUCCAAUGGAUCACAUGGUUGUUCCCUCUGUAAAGAUGUUUUAGCAAAGUUUCCUCCAAUAUCUGUAAAGAUGAAGCAGCCCUUCUGUAUGCAGCCUUGGGAUUCUUUGGAGAUGGUCAAGAAACUCUUUAAGGCCAUCCACUUUCUUUAUACUUUUGCUGCAAUGCUUGAUAUCAACUCUUUUACUCUUGAUGAGUUUGCUCAAGCAUUUCAUGACAAGGAUUCCUUGUUACUUGGAAAGAUUCAUGUGGCCCUCUUGAAGCUUCUUCUCUUUGACGUUGAAACGGAGCUUACGAGGGGGUCCUUUCAUCACUUGAGCAAAUCUUGCAAGUUAUUGGCAUUACUACACUCGGUUGAGAGCCAAGAUAUCAUUGUCGAUUUCUGGAAAAAGUCCUUGAACCCAUUGACAUGGCCGGAAAUACUUCGUCAAGUAUUGGUUGCAGCAGGUUUUGGAUCAAAGAAAGGUGCAUCACACAGAGAAGCUGUUAGCGAGGAAAUGAGCCUUAUGAUGAAGUAUGGGAUGCGUCCUGGAACUUUGAAGGGAGAGUUAUUUAGGCUUUUGUCAGAGCAAGGUAAUAAUGGCCUGAAAGUUUCUGAAAUGGCAAGGGCUUCACAGGUUAUGGGAUUGAACAUCUCCAGCAAUAGGGAGGAACUGGAAAAUGCUAUAAGCUCCAUGCUUUCAAGUGAUAUUACUUUGUUUGAAAAGAUCUCAUCUUCCACCUAUCGUCUACGGAUAAACUUUGCCUCAAAGGAUGCUGAGCAUCUUCAGUCUGAUACAGAUGACUCUGGAAGUGUUGAGAAUCUCGAUGAUGAUACGUGUAGCAGUGGUGAUGAUACUGAGUGUGACUCAGGAGAUCUUACUGUUAGAAAAUUCAAGCGUGCAAAUAGUCACAAAAGUAAAAAUAGCAUGGUAAUAGUAGAUACAGAGAUUGAUGAGAGCCAUCCUGGAGAAGUAUGGUUGUUAGGACUGAUGGAAGGUGAAUAUUCCGACUUAAGUAUUGAAGAAAAGUUGAAUGCUUUAGUGGCCUUGAUUGAUCUUGUUCGUGCCGGAUCCACCAUUCUUAUGGAGCCUGAGCAGAAUUCAUCACAAGUAUGCACCGAAACUGUUCCGAGCUCCAUCUAUACUGGUUCUGGAGCAAAAAUCAAGAGAACAUCAUCAAAUCAGCAAAACUUGUUAGGGUCAUCCUGGGUGCAUCAUGAACAAAGGCAUGGCCUUAAUUCAUCAGCGGAGAUUCAACCCAUCGAUUCUUCAGCAUUACUGUCAAAAUCGCAUGUUAAGCAGAUAUCUUCUGGCAAAUCAACAGAAGCAAAAGAUGUGGAAAUAGUUGAUUAUCCACACGCAAUGCAAUCUGUGUAUCUGGGAUCAGAUCGUCGGUACAAUAGGUACUGGCUUUUCCUGGGUCCGUGCAAUUCUUGUGAUCCGGGACAUAGGAGUGUUUAUUUCGAGUCUUCUGAAGAUGGGCACUGGGAGAUCAUCGAUACCAAAGAGGCUUUCUGCUCCUUAUUGUCGGUUUUAGAUGAUAGGGGUGCUCGGGAAGCACUUCUUAUUGAAUCUUUGGAGAAACGGAAGGCUUUUAUCUUCCAAGCAAUGUCAAGCUGUAUGGUGAGUCAAGCUGAUGGUAGAUCGUGGAUCCUAUCUGAUAUGACUGAGCUUGAUUCUGUCAGGGAAGAAAGUUCUUCUCCUAUUUCUGAUGUAGACAAUGGCACAAGCCUGAUUACAAGUGGAGAUUCUUUUCCUUCAUCUGGUGCUAUAACCAUUGAAGUUGGAACAAAGGGGGAGGAACUAAAGCAAAGUUGGAGCCGCCUCAAAGCAUUUGAUUCAUGGAUGUGGAAUUUUUUCUACUUAGCACUGAAUGCUGUAAGGCAUAGAAGAAAAUCUUAUCAUGAUUCACUUAAUAGAUGUGAGAGAUGUCAUGAUUUGUAUUGGCGAGAUGAGAAACACUGUAAGAUUUGCCACACAACGUUUGAGCUGGAUUUUGAUUUGGAAGAAAGAUAUGCAAUCCAUGCAGCCACUUGUAGGGAAAAGGAGGAGACUGAUACGUUCCCAAAGCACAGAGUUCUAUCAUCACAGUUGCAGUCUCUGAAAGCUGCAAUUCAUGCUAUAGAGUCAGCUAUGCCUAAAGAUGCACUUAUUGGUGCUUGGACCAAGUCUGCCCACAGGCUUUGGGUAAAGAGACUCAGACGAACCUCCUCUUUGGCAGAGCUUUUGCAGGUCCUCGCAGAUUUUGUCAGCGCCAUUAAUAGGGAUUGGUUGCGCCGAUGCGACACUGUGCCUGGUUACAAUUUAUCUGGGGAAGAAAUAGUUGCAUAUUUUCCUACUCUUCCUCAUACUACAUCUGCAGUUGCGCUCUGGUUGGUCAAAAUGGAUAUGCUAGUAGCUCCGUACUUGGAAACUUUACGGUCUAAUAAGAAUCAUUAGUUAGUUGGAUUUGUCGUAAAGGCGGUGACGUUUGGCACAAAGAGGUGAGCAUUCCUACUCUUGAUCUAGCAAGGAGUGUUGAAUGUGAGGUACUCGAAGAUUGCAUAUUUUCACCAAGGUCCAGGGAGGAUUGUGCCAUUACUUAUGGAAAGAGCAGAAGAUCUGAAUAAUUCGUACCGCAGGAUGUUGCUAGGGCACCAGAUAGGAGCGGGAGGGCAGCAUAAGAAAGCACUUUUUUACAUCCAUUUAUGUUAUGGAGGCAUUCUGAGGGAACCAUUUGUUACUGAAUGAUGUUGUAAAGCACGAGGCUUUUGAAAAGUUUGAGCUCUGGGAAUAGUCACUAUACCAGUGGCCUGCGCCUUUUGGCAACACUACCUUUGCUCCUCAUUUCUGGAAAAAAAAGAAAGAAAUAGUGCACGGCCUUCUCCGGCGAAUCUUUAUUGGAGAAAUGAAGUUUUGUCCGAUGUAAAUUGUUUGACUAGGCCAAUGAAAUAAAAUUUUAAAGGGUUAUGCAGCA